ACUCGGCGCCCUCUGAAGCUCCCCGUAAUGCUUUCGUGAGAUAACGCCGCACAGAGACGCGCGCAGAGCCACCGUGCAGUGGCAGGAGUACGCGGCAGCCUCGUUCGCACCGGCUCUACGAGUACAGUCUGCAAGUGCUUACCGUGCAUGUCAACUUAAAAAGAAAAAGAAAGAAUCGGCUGCAGAAAUUCUCCCUUUCUCUGCGGUGAAGACAAUCUUUGGAUCGCAAGAAUUCAUGGAUGUUAUUGGAUAAUUACUUUUGGUUUUACGCGGAUCCACAGAGUCUUGCAUAACGCACUUCGGGUCCAGGAAUGGCGCGAUAAAGUGAUCAGAGGAAUCGGUCCAAGUGCAGUCACUCUCUGUGUAUCCGUAUCGUCAUGUAUUCCCCGAUUUGUCUAACUCAGGAUGAAUUUCAUCCCUUCAUCGAGGCACUUCUUCCUCACGUCCGUGCCAUUGCCUACACGUGGUUCAACCUCCAGGCCAGAAAACGCAAGUACUUCAAGAAGCACGAGAAGCGGAUGUCCAAGGAUGAGGAGCGCGCAGUGAAGGAUGAGCUCCUGAGUGAGAAGCCAGAGAUUAAGCAGAAAUGGGCAUCCAGGCUGCUAGCCAAGCUGCGUAAGGACAUUCGGCAGGAGUACCGGGAGGACUUUGUCCUCAGCGUGACGGGCAAGAAGCCCCCGUGCUGUGUGCUAUCCAACCCGGACCAAAAGGGCAAGAUACGCCGAAUCGACUGUUUGCGGCAGGCCGACAAAGUUUGGCGUCUGGACCUGGUGAUGGUCAUCCUCUUCAAAGGCAUCCCUCUGGAAAGUACAGAUGGCGAGCGCCUCGUCAAGUCUCCACAUUGCACCAACCCAGCACUUUGUGUCCAGCCACACCACAUAACAGUAUCAGUCAAGGAGCUGGACUUGUUUCUAGCAUACUAUGUCCAGGACCAAGACUCUCAGCAGUCAGGAAGUCCAAGUAACAAUGAGCCAGGCAAGAACCCUCUUCCAGUGUAUUUGGAAGACAGUUUCAUCAAAUCAGGAGUCUUCAGCGUUGCAGAACUGGUGCGAGUGUCCAGGAUGCCCAUUACCCACGGUGCAACAGUAAACUUCUCCAUGGCGGACAUGCCCAGCCAACCUUACUAUCAUGACCUGAACUCCAGCGUGGGGCUGCAUCGCUCCCUGUCCUCCCCUCCUGGCAGCAAAAGGCCCAAAACCGUUAACAUGGAGGAGAACAUGGACACCAGCCCGACAGGACCCGACUUCUACUCGUCGCCCAGCUCGCCAGCAAGCAGUCGGGCAAACUGGCACGACAGAGACGGAGCAGACAUGUCCUCUCCCUCUAUGAAGAAGCCAGAGAAGCCGCUGUUCAGCCCGACUUCCCCGCAGGACUCCUCACCACGACUCAGCACUUUCCCGCAGCCUCAUCACCCAGGCCUAACAAGUGUAGGACACAGUGUUAUAUCGACAAGGAGCCCCCCUCCACACUCACCGCUGCAGUUCUCGGCCUCAGCCAUCUUGCCCCCGGCGCCGUCGCCCUACUUUUCGCACCCCACCAUACGCUACCCGCCUCACCUCAACCCUGCUGAUUCCCUCAAGAGCUACGUGCCGUCAUAUGACCCGUCCAGCCCACAGAGCAGCCAGCCUAACAGCAGUGGUCAGGUAGUUGGAAAGGUCCCAGGCCACUUCACCCCAGUCUUGGCUCCCUCCCCACACCACGGCGCUGUGCGACCUGUCUCCCUUUCCAUGCCAGACACUAAGCCCAUCACCACAUCAACAGAAGGCUACUCAGCGCCUGGCACCCCAACGGCUAAUCGUUUUGUAGGCCUGAGCCCUAGAGAUCCUACCUUCCUCCACCAGCAACAGCUGAGGAAGUGUGACUGGAGCGUGACUCAAAACGGCAGGCAUUAUGGCCCCAGUGCCACUGACGACACUUUGGGGAUUACUUGGCAAAGUCCUGGUACCUGGGCGAGCUUAGUUCCAUUCCAAAUGUCGAACGGGACUCAGAUUCUGCCAACAAAUGUCCACCAGAACUACAGCAUAAGCAUCAUUGGUGAGCCCCUGGUCCCCGCCGAGACAGGGAACUGAUCACACAGAGGCCGGAUGACCCCCAGGGUGGAUGGAUGGGUGGGGGGUGUCGGUAGUGCAGAGCUAGCACUACAGGUGUCCACAGCCAUGGAUGAAACCAGCAAAGCAGCAAGCGCUGCAUAACCCUCUCUACCCCCGAAAGCCCCCAUCCCAGCCCUUCCUUGUUCCUCCCCACUCCCGUCCCUCCCGAUGAUGGACACUGGCCCUGAAGUGAAGAUGAGGGUUCGUUCAGAGGAAAGGAAAAAAAAAAAAAAGAA